GGGCGGAUACGGACACUCAAGCUACCCUCGUGCUGACCUUCCUGUCACUUUGGGCGGCUACAGGGACCACAGGCCUUUGGAGUCUCGAAUCUUCGCGGGUGUGAAGGCAAAGACCGUGAAGGAUGCAGGCAGACACAGAUGGCGUCGAGGGCUCGUUUUCGCGGAAUUGCUCAAGGCGCAACAGGCGGAGGCGGAUCCCGACAACCAGGUGCAGCUCCCCAACCGCUUGCUCAACUUUCGGGCGAAGGUGCAGGAAGGGAUCGGGGCGAAGGGGUUCCAGGAGGAGUGGUCUGACAUCUGCGGCAAUGGCAGGCGAUACGAGUCUCCCACUGAGUAUUUCAAUGAGCUGGAGGGCGUGGUGAUCGAGAAGGCACUGCAGGACUAUAUUUCGCCACCAGCGACGAGACGAGCGGACGGGCCAGUGUUCAGCGACCAGACGGUACGACUGAUUAAGGCAAAGCACUACUGGCAAUAUCAGCUUGCAGCUAUUCCUGACGGUGCUCGGUGGAUGCGGGCACAGUUCCAGUUGCAUUUCAACGAGGCGGCGAAGUUGGCGACGGCGGCGAUCAGGAGUGAGAAGCGGCAGCGGACGGCGGCGCUAGCUGACGAGGCGGAGCGAGCGGCAGGUCAGAGGAACUUGCGGAGGCUCCACACCAUCGUGAAUAAGUUGGCCCCGAAGCCAGCGGCGCCAAUCAUGACAGUAAAGGACCCGAACACUGGGCUGCCGUGUUUUGAUGCUGAGGACGACCAGAGAGUGUGUAUUCUGAGCACAUGCGACGUGUGCGACGGCACGGCGAUGCGUCUUGACGAGCGGCCUCUUCGAGCUGGCAGGAAGGAACGCGAUGAUGAUAGGAUCGGCAGCUACGGCCUUGCUGAGGUGAAGGAGAGUAUCAUAGAUUUGCCCAACAUGAAGGGGGGACCUAUGCUGCAGUGGCCUAUGAGGGGGGCGCCUGGGGGCGCUGUUGCUGAGUCUUGGAAGCUGGCGAUAGACACGCUCGCGCCACCCCUCUUGCAGGUUGUCAACGCGGCGCAGGCGCUGGGCGACGCACCUCAGAGGUUCAAGGAUGGUGAGACCAUGCAGUUGAGGAAACCGAAGGGCGACGGCUGCACGGCAUCGACGGACUACCGUACCAUCAACUUGAUCAACCACUUCGGCAAGGCGUACGCCAGGGUCACCACACUUGACGCGAUGAGGGAGGUGGCACACAAGAUUUCACCAACGCAGUUCGGAGCUAUGCCUGGGCGGGGUACGCGAGAUGCGGCGGCAGUGGCAGGCGAAGUGAUUGUUAGGCAUCAGAGAGAGCACCGAGCCAAGCGACGAGGAAGCACUUCAGCCCCACCUCCUAUGCUGCUGGCAGUCCUCACGGACAUCGAGAAGGCUUUCGACGCGGACGCGGUGGUACGCCAGGUGCACUACGACCCCACACUCAAGAGGAUCAGGUGCAACGACAGUUUGAAAGAGGACGAGUGCGAGGCCCUGGACCUCUCUCAGUUGAAGUUCUUAGAUGAUCUGCUCACGUUCGCUGAAACCAGGGAGUGCGACGAUGCAUCCAUCACCCUGGAAGUACUGACGGGCGAGAUCAAGGCUGGCGGCAUGAGAGUCAACGGGAGGAAGACCGAGAUUAUGCUCACGCCGUCGGGGAUCGGCAGUAAGAAAAAGGUCACGAACCGCAUCAAGGCAGCUAACUCUACUCACGCUCGCCUGCUGCGACGUGCGUUCAAGAGUGGGUUCAGUGCAAAGUUGAAGACCAGAUUGUGGAAGGCGCUUGUCCGCUCGGUGUGCCUGUACUGCCUGGAGGUCGCACACCUCACCAUGCGGGAGCUGAACAAGUUGGAGAGCUGGCAAGUGAAGAAGCUUCGUGGAUUGUUGCAUUCGCCAGCCCACCUGCAUAAGACUACAAACCGUGAGAUCAGGAAGCGGGCCCGUACGCCGACUGUUACGAGCACACUGUUACUGAGAAGGUUGAGGUGGUGGCGACAAGUGUUGUGGCUUGCUUUCAGGGAGCCCAGCGACGAUUUGCACGACCCGACGCUGGCGAUCAGGGCGGUCAUAUUCGGCCGAUUCUCGUUUGAGAGGGUCGGCCAUGGGGGGCAGUCGGGCACGCUGAUUCUGCUGCUGGGCGACAUGCGGCAGAUGUGGCAGACCGCGGACGUGCAGGAGAAGCUCACUGCCCGUCGGCUCUUUCAGCUCCGCGGCGACCUACACGAGCUGGCCGAGCCGCGGCUGCGCUGGCUCCCCGCCCUUGAGCCGCGCAGCCUUCACCGUGUGCUGACUUAUGGCGGCGAGGCGGACGCUGUGACUGAUGCUGCAGCCAUCUUGCGGCUGGGGCUCAAGCCAGACCUGCAGAGCUUCCAGCGCUCGCGGCCUCCUCUGUCGAGCUCGCCCCAGCUGCUGCCAGCGAUGUUCCAGCCGAACAGCGAGGUACAGGCGUUGACGGGCAGCAGCGCCAACAUGAGGACGGCGGUCGAGGCAGGGGCCGGGGGCGAGGGCAAGGACGACCAACCCGACGCGGUGGGCAUCCCGGGCACGGCGCCCGGCCGCCUGGCCCUGCUACACGAGGACAUGGCGAGGGCGGCGCACCACGGCAACUUCGUGUUUCCGCCCAAGCCGUCGCAGAAGAUGGCGAUCACACUCGACCAGGCUCUGGCGCACUGCGUGGACGAGGGCGCCAAGGCCAAGGAGAAGGUGAAGGAGGAGGAGGUCUUCCUGGGCAACCUGAUCGGCAAGCGGCCAGACGCGCAGGCACUGGCAGUCCUGUUCCGCGUGGCGGAGGCCGUGGAGGGCAUGAAGGAGGCGGCGCCGGCGGCCGCCACGCAGGGCAUCGAGCCGAUUGGAACCAAGGCCGCGCUGGACGAGCUCCUGCGCUACGGGGCGACGGCGCAGGACCAGCAGCUAAAGUUCGCGGCGACGAGGUCGCAGUUGGCCAAAGAGGCGGAGUCGCUGGCGUUCAAGGGCGACAAGGGGGCGCAGGCGAACAAGAGCAAAAAGCCGAAGAAGAUGUAG